UGUCCAAUCGUAGUCUUACAACCGAUAAGCAGGCGGAACUACGUGUCCCACCGAUCUACUCAAACGCUGAUUCAGUGGAAGAAUGACAGCGAGGAAAAUAUAGUUUCUAUAAUUGCAAAAAACGAACAAAUGGCCAAUGUUUACUUUUUGCGAGCGAUGUGCACACAUACAGGAAGGCUGGCGUCCCAAUACAAAACCCAACUCCGGUUGCCUUGUUCUGCACUACCCCAACUCUGUAACUCCCUUCGUGUAAGGCCCGGAAUUGCAGGAGUCACCACUUCCCUGCUGCAAAAGCUGCGCUCAUUUUACUUUGUUAGCCCAGUUCCCAGUCGGUGCAUUUUCACAGAGACGAAAUUGAAAAAUCCAGCUCCAGAGAAGAAGCAAGACAACAAAGUAUCAUUGAGAAGGAGUACCCCGCCCGCAUCAACAACUCAGAAAGUAAAAGAAGCUGGAAAAGAUUUUACCUAUCUCCUCGUUGUCUUGGUUGGGAUUGGCAUAACUGGAGGUUUAUUCUACGUAAUAUUUCAAGAGUUGUUUUCCUCCUCAAGUCCCAAUAAAUUAUAUGGAGAUGCCCUGAAGAAGUGUAGAGCACACCCUGAGAUAAUUGGAGCAUUGGGCGAACCUAUAAAAGGUUAUGGAGAGAUGACUCGGCGAGGUCGUAGACGGCAUGUCAGUCAUGUGGAAUAUGUGAAGGAUGGUGUGAAACAUAUACAACUCAAAUUUUACAUUGAGGGCACAGAACCUAUUAAGGGAACAGUUCACCUGGAUGCAAAAGAGAACCCUGAAAGUGGUCGGUUUGACUUUCGUUACAUAUUUGUGGACUUUGACACUUAUCCCAAAAGGACCAUUAUUGUUGAAGACAAUCGCUAAGGGAGCUGAUUGCUUUUGUUUCCAUGAGCGAAUACGAAAACAGAGAUUUCUUUACGUUUUUGUAGAUUGAAUACAUCAUGUGAAUGAGAAAUGAAUCAGGCAGUUAAUCAUCCUUUUUAAGUACUGUCAGCCCAAUUUAUUUUUGUAGAGGAUCAGAGUCACGUCUGAGAUACGUUUUUGUAAAUUAUACUUUUUUGUAUUGAUUGAUUAAUAUGCUCCCCUAUUUUAAAAUCAUUGUAUUUAACACGUUGUGUUGAAAGAUUACAGGUAAUAUCAAGUUUAAGGGCUAAUUGUCCUUUGAAGAAGCAACAUUCAAUUAUAGAAUGAAAAAGAUAAUUAUAAAUAAAACAGUGAUCUGUUACUGUAAAUUAUUUUCUCUAUUUUCUCUUUUGAUAAACCUGAAUUAGAUAUGCAUCGUAGAUUGAAUAGAUAUGUUUUUAUGCCUCUACCAGUUAUAGGAACUUAUUGCUUCCUCUAUUGUUCUCUCCUUUCUGAUAUACUGUCCUUCCUAGACAUGUUUAAAAUAGAAAGAUUGGGAAGCUACAGGUAAAGUGCUAUUUCCUAUUGUUUAGUUACAUGAGUGGUACAUUGAUGCUGUGAUGAUCAUAUUGGUGUAAACGUGUUUUUAAGCAUGGGUUCAAGAAGGUUGUGGAAAAUCUGAAAUCAUGAAGGGCUUAAAAGUCUUGCCUUGUUAUUUUCACCUGAGCGUCAGCAUUUGAACUAGUGAGUAUGGAUUAGGUUAUAGGCAUUGAGUCCUGGCAGCUAGGUCUUUUAGUAGUUGCAAACAUCUUUGAAAGAUGACUGACCUUAAGCUAAGGUAGCUAGCUAACCUAAUGCAUUCUUGUUGAUGCCAGUAGUUUGUCCCAGCUACACAAGUUAACCACUCCUCAUACGUAGGAUAGCAGUCUAUGAUCUGGAUCUUUUCCAUUAUAGUCUGGAGAAAAGGAAGUUCUAAGUCACAAUAUUGGCAAUGAAAAUUUAGUGGUCACGGGUGAAGUCCUGAUGGUUGCGAAUAGCUCAGACAGAGUCAAGAUCAAAAGAGAAAAGGUCAGAGAUGAUGAAUGACAGGUUGAAGAUCACAAUGCUCAGUGUAACUACAUCGGAAGGAAGUGGACGCUGAGUCUUGAAUAAAUUUAAAGGCUAAGUUAGAUAGAUUUUUGAUAGAUGACAGACAGGUGCAGACAGGAAGGUGGAGCUGAUCAGCUAUGGGUGUAUUGAACAGACAAACAGACUCAUAGAGCCGGAUGUCUCCCUUCUGUUCCUAUACUCUAUGCUCUUAUAUCUUCUGUAAAUGGAAAUGUGAUUAUUCAGUAUUGUCUGUGUUAUGUAUGUAGUUGGGGGUACUGUCCCUUUAAGAGGGGAAGAGCUAGGUCCAGUCUAGAAGGUCCAGUCUAUAAUCGGCUGUGUUGGUGUGAGGAUAAAUAAUAGUGUUCCUAUUCAGAUUUACCAUUUGUAUAUAAUUACUGGUUCCAAAGGAAGCAUCAACAUAGUUUCUGUCUCAGAGAAUCUAAUUUAUGGUUUUGGUUGCUGAUUGGAGAAGGUAAAAUUGUGGAAGGAGUGUAGAAGGUGACAACACCUUCAAGACCAUCUCCAGCUCGGCGAACAGAACCACUACAACAAGCACCCGAGCUACAAAUCUUCGCACAAACUUUGAACCUUCAAGAAAAUUAGAGCUUGGUUGAUGGGGCAACUGCUUGUGCUGAUCAUUUUCAGGAGUGUGUAAUGGUAUGUUUCAAUAUGGCACUACUUGGGUUAAAGGUACCAUUGACAACCUGAGGUCAGUUGGGUGCAAGGAAGAUAAAGUUAGAUGUACAACAAUUUAUUGAAAAUAGGCCAGGAAAGUAGGAAAUGGAAUUCAUGGAUGAAAUAAGCUUAGGAAUAGCACAGGGUAGAUAAGAAUAAAAACUAAAAUUGACAGAUGGUUGUGGCCUAGGGUAGAGCCAUAGCUCAAUCCCUGUCUCCUUGAAACUUCUCCAGCAAAUGCAGGGCACAGUUCAGGAGAGUGAGUGAAUACUCUCCAUUAGCUGUGUUGCUGCUGUUGAAUAACACACAAGUAGCUCAAUAGCAACCAGAGGUCCACUGAUUUCUAACCAAUCUGCCAGUUCCUUCCUCCACUGUAGCUUUACUGUGUACUUCCCACAGGAAUCAUUGUAGUCACACAUCAAAUUCUUUUCAGCAGCAUCUCACAAACCAAUGACCUUCAACACCUAAAUAGCCAUAGGGUCAUGUUCUUGGCUAUGGUACCAUUUGCAAACUCUUGUUGAAGUCACAGACCAUUCUGAUUUGGAAAUAUAGUAUCAUUUAAUGGUUGCUUUUGGUUCAAAAUCCUGUAACUCUUUACAUAAUUGCAUUAAGAUAGUACCUUCACCACGCAAACUGCAGUGAUUCAACUCCUAUCAUCACCACUUCGAGGUCAAAUAGAGAUAGGCAAUAAAUGUGAGCUGUGGCAGUCAUACUCGAAUGUUCAGUUUUAUUAAAAUCUUAAGCAAGCCAUUAACCAAGCUUAGCUAUUGCCCAGCUCUCAGAGCUGCAAGAAGCAGUGGUAUAUGUUGUAUUUCAUAGCAGUGACAAUGUAACUUGGAGGUAUUUUUGCCUGAGCCUGUUGAAAAUUAAAUUGAAAUGUACUGGUAAGGACAUUAUUAAGAAAUAACAAUAAUGGUAUAUUUUCCCUAGUCUUGAUGAAGGGCUUUUGCCAGAAAUGUCAAAUUUCCUGCUCCUCCUGACCUGCUGUGCUUUUCCAGCACCACUCUAAUCUAAACUCUGGUUUCCAGCAUCUACAGUCCUCACUUUUGCCUAUUUUCCCUAGUCCUCCAGCUGUUUCCUCGCUUGGUGAUGAAGAUUUACAAGGGCAAAUUCUCAGUGAUCUAGGUGUUAGGUAGGAUCUUUGCACAGAAUGAGGAAAUAUAUGGCUAUUGUUAUCUACUUCUGCCUCAUUGUUUUGACCACAAUUUCCCUCACCUGCCUCAGUCAUCAAUACUGCUACAGUAACUGUUUCUUCCCUGUCAGAAUUGUGUAACUGGUUAUGAAUAUGUGUUAUGGGGAUUGGUGCCAGGUUUUGCCCUUCUAUCCAUCAUACGUGCCACUACAUUCCGUGACUCCCUUGGUGCCAAUACCUUGCAGGCAACAGAAGAAUGAUUCCACAUUUUGAAUGAGGCUGCUAAACUUGCUGGUUGUGGCAGGUAAGCACUUGGACUCAGUGCUGUGGGAUGGCGUCAAGGCAGAAGUCCCACAGUGCUCUCCAGGUCAACCUUUGUAACUGAAGCAUGAAAUUGGCUGGAACUUUGGAGGUACAGUGUAAACAACUGUUUCAAACUUUUAAUCCUGUCUGACUGGGGGAUUCUUCAAUUGUCUGCCUUAACUGCCGGGGAAGUUGCAAAAUUGUAUGUGGAAAUCCCAAUGGUGAGUCAUCUGCUUUUGAGGGUAUUAGAAUUUAAAUUGAAGACUUUGCUGACAUUUGAGGAUCUAAAUCAUCAGGGCAGGUUUGACAGAGGCAUCACAGUAAUAGGACUUGAAGCUGGGACUUCUGAGACCGAGGACCCUUCUGUUGACUGAAGUAUAGUUUUUGUUGGAUCAAAGUCCUUUGAAUUGUCAGUGGAGCUGUAAUAUGGUUAAUAAUUCACUAGUGUUAUGUUUUACAGUUUGGUACUUCAAUCUACUUCAGGCUAUUAUUUUAGUGAGUACCUUCAAUGAGGUUAGGUGAUGCAAAUUGUUAUUCUGUGUGUAUUCUUCUUAACUUCACCCUUUCCAUUCUGAAGCCAUUCUGAUCUCAAAUAAAUGCCUUCCCUUGCCAGAGAGAGGUGAAUCCAAUUCUAGCUUCCCAUGCUAGUGGGAAGUACAGAACAAAUACAGAACAAACUUGAUUAUCUGAAUGAGGCAGGCAGAGAGUAUUUUGUUCGGAUAACUGAUUAUUCAGGUAACAUACUGGACAUAAUUAUGUAAAAAAAGCAUGGUUACAGAGUUUUUACUUCAUUCCAUCAAUAAAAUGUGUCCAAACACUGGAUAUUGCUUAAAAAUUU